AUGGAGAGGGUGCAGUUUCAGCAGGAGCAGAUGCUCGCCGAGCUGAAGGACCUUGUUCAGAAAGGUCUCUUCACCCAAAAAGAAGUCAAGCAGAUCAUGAAGAAACGCACGGCUUUCGAGACCGCGCUCGUCCGGAGAGUUGCCAAAAAGAAUGACUAUCUGCGCUACGCAGCGUACGAAAUGGGCCUGGAGGCCCUGCGCAAAAAGCGUGUAGAACGCCUAAAGCUGCCCCGCCAAGGCACGUCCGUCUCGGAUUACACCCUCGUACGAAGACAGUUCCACAUCUUCGAGCGUGCACUCAACAAGUUCAAAUCGGACGUAGGGUUGUGGAUACAGUAUAUCCAGGUGGCAAAGAAGGAGGGUGCACGGUCACUCGUAGGGCGUAUAUGCGCUCGAGCUCUGCAGUUGCAUCCAAAUGUCCCCUCACUCUAUAUUCUCGCAGCGCAACACGAACUUGCCCACCUGUCACCGUCUGCUGCCCGCAUCCUUCUCCAGCGAGGCAUCCGUCUAAACGCAGAAAGCGUCGAGAUGUGGAGAGAAUAUGUCAAGUUCGAGCUCGGUUUCGUGGAGAGCAUGCGGAGGCGAUGGGAUGUGCUGGGGAUUGACGUGAACGGCAAAGGUAAGGCAAAGGCGCAAGAGGACGUAGAGGAGAGUAUGAACGAGCGCAAACAGGCGCGAAAGGAGAUCAUGCAGGGCGCAAUCGUGAAGUCCGUGAUCUCGAACGCUGUAAAAGCGUUGCCCAAAGCGGCUCUAUUUGUGUCGGUGCAUGAACUCCUAUCAAAUUAUCCCACCACACCGGCACUUUGUAGCUCGUUGUUGGACCACCUCCAUACUCUCUUGCGGCAAACGCUUCCCACAGACCCAGUCGCAGUCAGGCUCACUGCAACCCGUGGACUGACCGCUGGUCUAGGCGGUGCGGCUCUUGUGGAUGCGCUGAAGCACGCCAACGAGAAGAUGAUCGCUGCCAUACACGAAGUAUGCAAUGACAACUCUGGGAAGGAUGCCGAGGGCAUGGCAAGGUCGUAUGCGGAGUUCAUUGAGGAGUGGGUAAAGAAAGAAGACCUGGAUGAUAGUCUCGUGAGCAACGCUUCUCCGUCGUUUGAUAUAGCCACUUAG